CCGUGCAUUGGCUGCCUGGGAGUGGGGGAGCAGGGAAUCACCGGGCAGCAAAGGUUUUUGAGGCGCCUCAAAGAGUGGGGGAGCAGGGAAUCACCGGGCAGCAAAGGUUUUUGAGGCGCCUCAAAGAGUGGGGGAGCAGGGAAUCACCGGGCAGCAAAGGUUUUUGAGGCGCCUCAAAGAGUGGGGGAGCAGGGAAUCACCGGGCAGCAAAGGUUUUUGAGGCGCCUCAAAGAGUGGGGGAGCAGGGAAUCACCGGGCAGCAAAGGUUUUUGAGGCGCCUCAAAGAGUGGGGGAGCAGGGAAUCACCGGGCAGCAAAGGUUUUUGAGGCGCCUCAAAGAGUGGGGGAGCAGGGAAUCACCGGGCAGCAAAGGUUUUUGAGGCGCCUCAAAGAGUGGGGGAGCAGGGAAUCACCGGGCAGCAAAGGUUUUUGAGGCGCCUCAAAGAGUGGGGGAGCAGGGAAUCACCGGGCAGCAAAGGGAGAGUACGGGGUGGAGGGUCGAGCAGUGAAGGUAAGCCCGAUGCCUGCAACCUCCCCCUACCCUCUCUCCCCCCUCCCUUCCGUCCUUCCUCUUCCUUUUUAUUCCUACUGUUGGCUUGCAUUCAUUCCUUUCUGACUGUUGUCCAUCUUUCACAUUUGGAACCUGCAUUCAUGCAACCUGCCUUGCUCUCGUCGCCUCCCUCCCCUCUGCCUCCCCUUUCCCCUCCCGAGCAGGUCAGUGGCACUUGAAGCAGCAGCAGCAGCAGCAGCAGCAGAAGCCGUUGUAGCAGUUACAGCAGCAGAAGCAGCAGCAGGAGCAGCCGGGCAGGGGUUUAGUGGGACUUAGGCCAGAUGUGAUAGAGAGGUAUGGUGAGGUGUGGUCCGGUAUAAGGUAAGGUAAGGUAUGGUAAGGUGUGGUAUGGUACGGUAAGGCAGGUGUGGCAGCAUGGAUCAGGCGAUGGAUGGAGGCGCCACCCCCUCUCACUCUUCCUCCCCCUUCUUUCCCUCCCUGCAAUUAGUGCAGCACGGACGAGCAUGGACGGAGGAGAGGGGCAGCAUGGAUGGAGCGAGCGAGGUCAGCUGGAUAGGGCGAGCUCAGCAGGUGCUGGUUUGAGGCGCCUCCCCCUCUCACUUUCCCUUCACCCCUCCCUGCAGCAGGUGCAGCACGGAUGGAGCGACGUCAGCUGGAUAGGGUGGGCUCAGCAGGUGCUCGUUUGAGGCGCCACUGCUUCCCACUCUCCCUUCCCUCCUCCCCCUCUCUCUGCGGCAGGCCCAGUGCAGGAUGGAUGGAGUAAGGACACAGCUGGAUAGGGCGAGGUCAGCUGGAUAGGGCGAGGUCAGCUGGUUUGAGGCGCCACCCCCCUCACUCUCCCUUCACCCUCCCUGCAGCAGGUUCAAGUGAUGAAGUGCGGUCACAGAGUGAGUCCUCCCACUUAACACCCCCCCCCCCCCUCCACUUCCCAGCAGCAUCACACACUAAGGUACUCUGCACGGCUGUGGUAGGUAGAGGUAAGGAGGUUUGGAGGCACAGGGAAAGGGGUUGCUGGGAGGGAAGGGGUUGGUGGGAGGAGGGGUAAGGCAUGGGAGCAGGCAUGCAGCUCGCUCCCUUAGGGGCAGCACCCGCUGUGGUUCUGGCUUGUGGCUCGGGUGUGGUCGGUGGAAAGUGUGUGGCACGGCAGUCGGUGCUCAAGUAACAAUACUGGCGUAUCGUAUAAUGGAACCGGCCAGAGCCGUGCGCGCCGGCUCUGGUUGGGAGUCCCCUCCUACGACGCUUUCGUAAGCGGGAUUUGAGUCUUGGGCCGCCCGUGCACUUUCCACUGCCACUCCUCGCACCACAAGGCGGAGCCAUGGGGGGUGCUGUUUCCGAAGGGGAUAAAGUUGAGUGACGGGCAAUCGCGGCAUCUGCAACCACCACUAAAACGAGAGAGGGGCAAGGGGGGUUGGAACCCCCUAGGUAAGUUGAGUGAUGGGUAAAGGAGGCGCCUGCCACCAUCACGGUAGGUUGAGCGAGAGUUGGAGGAGAAGGGGGAUUGAAACCCCCCAGGGUAAGUUGGGUGAUGGGCAAAGGAGGCGUCUGCACCACGACUGUAAGUUGAGCGAGAGUUGGAGGAGGAGGGGGAUUGAAACCCCCCAGGGUAAGUCGCGCGAUGGGCAAAGGAGGCGUCUGCACCACGACUGUAAGUUGAGCGAGAGUUGGAGGAGAAGGGGGAUUAAAACCUCCCAGGGUAAGUUGAGUGAUGGGCAAAGGAGGCGCCUGCACCACGACUGUAAGUUGAGUGAGAGUUGGAGGAGAAGGGGGAUUGAAACCCCCCAGGGUAGUGUGAGGUGCAGAGGAUGAGUGGGGAAAUUCUCAUGGUAGGGUGAGAGCAAGGCAGGGGAGGGAGGUUGCAACUCCCAGUGGGGUUUCAUCCCCCCUCUCUUGCCCCUCAAAUGCCUUUCCGUGGGAGUUUCAGCACCCCUCCCAUGUCUUUCCCUCAUGUUGCCUUGAAGCUUUCACGCCCUUCUUCUGCCACUCCCUCUCCUUGCUCUCUCCACUGGCCCUAAGCGGUUGCAAUUGCUGCAGGGUUCCGCCCUGGGAGUUGAAACCUCUUCACGCCUAGGGGAGCUGGAGCCAAGAAUGUGGGGCUAAAACCCCCUGGGUUCUGUGAGUCGGUGGGAGUGAAUGGGGCUGAAGCCCUAACGCGGGUGAGAGUGAAACAAGCAGAACCCAUAGGGUGGGUGAGUGAAAGAGUAAGGGGUUUGAGCCCUGAGGUGGGGGAGUGGAAGUGAAAGAGAGUAGAGGAAGGAACGGACUCCCCAAGGGGAGUGAGAGGAAGGAAAAAGAUGUGCCUAGAGCUCCACAUGACAGGCGGCAAAUGAUGAUGCCCCACGAGUUGCCUGAUGCAGUAAACCCUAUCAUGUGGGUUCGUUGGUUCACCCCUUUCCAGUGUGAGGCAAGGGAGGGGGUUUCAGACCCCAAGUUGCAAGGUGAGGCAAGGGAGGGGGUUUCAGACCCCAAGUUGCAAGGUGAGGCAAGGGAGGGGGUUUCAGACCCCAAGGUAAAAGGUGAGGCAAGUGUGGGGGUUUCAGACCCCAAGUUACAAGGCGAGGCAAGGGAGGGGGGUUCAGACCCCAAGGUAAAAGGUGAGGCAAGUGUGGGGGUUUCAGACCCCAAGUUACAAGGUGAGGCAAGGGAGGGGGUUGCAGACCCCACGUUACAAGGUGAGGCUUGGGAGGGGGAGGUAAGGAAGGGUGUUUCAGACCCCAAGGUAAAAGGUGAGGCAAGGGAGGGGGUUGCAGACCCCAAGUUACUAUGUGAGGCAAGGGAGGGGGUUUCAAACCCCAAGUUACUAUGUGAGGCAAGGGAGGAGGUUUCAAACCCCAAGUUUGAAGGUGAGGCAAGUGCUUGGUUUUCAGUCCCCAAGGGACCCACCGCCCGGCUCUGUCCGUCACCGCCAGUCACCAGCCACCGCCCGUCACCACCUGUCACACGACCCAGCACCGGACGUCACCACUUGUCACCACCCACCGCCCGUCGUCGCCCACCGUCUGCUGAUUCAGUGGGUGCUGCUGCAGGGGAAUCAAGGAACAGCAUCACUGCAGUAGAGAAUGGAGCCCUAGUUGCUGCGGUCAGCCAUUGUUACUUAGGGCGAAUUUGUACAGUUCGCGUCAGACUCGACCUUGCAUCAAACUCGCGACGAAGCGAGACGCACCGCAUGGAAUUGCGAGAUCAAGCCUGUGCACCGCGCAGGACCACAUGAGUCUGACGUGAGGUGGUCUGACGCGAGGUCAUAGAAAUCUGCCCUUUGGUGGCAUGGAAAAUAUGUGCAGUAGUGAUUGUUUUGGUUAUGCUACUAAGCCUUCUUGUGUACUUUGCUCGUGCUAAAAAGAACCUUUG